AUGAAGAGAACCAGUAAGGAUUUCAAGACUGAUGAAACACUGAAGAUGGAGGAUGAUGAAGAAGGAAAUGCCAAUAGACUGACAGGAAUUGACUGGGAGACUCAGCAGUUAGCAGAGAGCCAUUGGAUCCUCCCUAUUGAGAUGAUCUAUUUGAGAGUGUGGGUAUUAGAGUUCCAGUUGCUGAGUACCUGUUCAGGAGCUGGGUCAACCAAUAUGGUCUCAGUCUUGAGGACAGUUGUUGGUUAA